AGUUACUGGAGAAGCUGCAGAAUUUUUCAUCAUGGCCAACACUUCGAGUUCUCUGAUCGGCCAGAAGAAGAAGAAGCAGCAGCAGCUGAUGCAGCAUCUUCAACCUCUGAUCCCAGGUCUUCCUGAACCAGUGGCCCAAAUCUGCCUGGCUCUAGUCGGAGAUCCUUUUCUUUUGUUCUCCGUUUGCCACUCAUGGCGUCGCCUUCUUUACUCGCCUUCCUUUCCUCCUUUUCUCUCUCUCUAUGCCUUUCUGUCGUCUUCAAACCCAACCCCACUAUCAUCAUCACAGUCCACCAAGUUACCUUCAACUUCAGUUCAGAUCCUCACCUUUGAUCCAAUCUCUUCCACGUGGCAGCGUCUUCCUCCCCCACCGCCGGACCCACCGCUUCAACUACUCCUUCGGCACCACCCAUCCUUCCUCUCUCGGAACCUUCCAAUACAGUCAAUCUCCGUAGCCGGAAAACUCAUCCUCCUCGCCGCUUCUACCUAUGACCUCCACCCCGCACUGUCUCGCCCACUGAUUUUCGACCCCAUUUCUCAAAAUUGGAGCUUUGGCCCAACUCUCCCCAAUCCUCGCCGGUGGUGUGCCCUCGGAGCGUCAAACGGCUCCGUCUACAUAGCCAGCGGGAUUGGCACCAAGUUCUCCCCUCACGUGGCUCGGUCCAUGGAGAAAUGGGAUUUCACAAGAAACCCGAAUAAUGGUAAGUGGGAGAAGAAGAGAGAUCUGAAACAUGGGAGGUUUAGCAGAGAUGCCAUUGAUGCCGUGGGAUGGAGAGGGAAGCUGUGCAUGGUGAAUGUGAAAGGUGACGCUGCGGCCAAGGAAGGGCUGUUCGAGAGGGACGGCAGGAGAUGCCGAAAGGGAUGGAGGAGAGGGCCGGUGGGAGCUAUGUCGGAGACGGUAAUGUACGGCGUCGAUGACGCCGACGGUGCGCUGAGGAAGUAUGACGAACAAAAGGAUGACUGGGAGGAAAUUGUGAAAUCUGAGAGGCUGAGAGGGGCGGAGCAAGUGGUUGCUGAAGGACGCAGAGUUUGUGUCGUUGCCGGUGGUGGGAUUUCUGUGGUGGACGUGACAGCCACUCCGGCGAGGAUCUGGGUAGUGGAGUUGCCGGCGGGACUUGAAGCUGUGGCGGUUCAUGUUCUGCCAAGAAUGCCGGCACCUCAUACAUAGCCUGCUCAAAGAUUGAUUGAAAAGGAUUUUUGUUUUUUUCCCUCCAUUUGAUCUCCUUCGGGUUUAUAAGCGUUUGUGGGGUUGUUGGGAGCUGAAAGUGAAAAUUUGUCAAUUAGUGAAAAAAGGUCAGAGCAUUUUGUAAAAUUGAAGGGACGAUGGGGAAUUUUGCUAGGUGGAGGCAAAUGAUAUGAGAAUGAGAUGCCAUUGCCCCCUAAUACUUUUCCUUAAAAUCAGGAAACUGGCAUUUACGAUAGAAAUGACAGCAAACAGAAUCUUGUUGAAUUCAAUUCAA